AUCGUCAGUUUGUUUGAGUGUUUUCAAUAAUAAACUACUAGUGUGGCUGGAAGCUUCGCAUUAUCAUUUGACAUACAUAUAUUACAACGAAAAUAAAAAAAUGAAGGCUUCGUUGCUGUUCUUGGGAUUGGGAAUGAUAGUUGCUUUGGCAGCUGCUGAAGAAAAGUAUACCACAAAGUAUGAUAACAUUGAUGUGGAUGAGAUCCUAAAGUCCGAUCGCUUGUUCAAGAAUUAUUUAAAUUGUUUGCUUGAGACUGGCAAGUGCACACCCGAGGCCAAGGAGCUGAAGAAAUCCCUGCCCGAUGCCUUGAAGACAGAGUGCAGCAAAUGCAGCGAAAAGCAAAAGCAAAACACAGAUAAAGUUAUUCGCUUUAUCCAUGAUAAUAAGCCCGAAGAGUGGAAACAAUUGCAGGCCAAAUAUGAUCCUGAGGAGGUUUACUCUAAGCGCUAUCGCGAUACAGCUGCUAAUGCUGGCAUUAAGAUUUAAAUAAAUUAAAUCAAUCUAUUGUAAUUGUUAUAUUUGCAGGAGAAGAGCUGUAUUUUUCAAAAUGUUAUUAAAUAAAAAAA